AUGGCUACUAUAAUUUGUUGGAGAGUCCAAAAUAAAUUUCGGCAUUGUAUACAUAGGUGGCUAGUUUACAUAGAAAAUAAGACUUGUCAUCCGGUGUGUGCAGCAGUGGAACGAAAAAUCGGUAUUAUGUAUUACGAGAACAAUGUUAUAAGUAGUAAACGAAAUGUAUUAAAAAGGAAAUUUACUGAAAACAAUGUUGUAGUUGAAUUGAAGCCAAAUGUCGAUGAGCAAGAUAAUGCAGCUGGAGAUGAAUAA